UGAUUUUUUAUUGUGUAGUACCAAUACGACGUGAUUAAAAAAUCUAUGACUUACGAAUGCAUGCAUAUGCGCAUAUAUGUACAUGCAAAAAAAAUCAAUUGCCGGUGUUUACAAGACCUAUUUUAUAGGCUAAUAAUCAUUGAUUUUUUUACAUAUUUUAAUUUAAAUAAUGAAUACUCAUACGAUAAUUGGGAUUAUUUGUAUUUUUUUUACAUGUAAUGUUAAUUGUUUUAUUGAUCCAAUAACUGGUGGUGCUAUUGCUGCCGGCUUUGGCUUGUUUUUGGGAUUCAACAAGAUAAAAUGCUCGUUUUCAGAGUGUUGUGAUAAAGAGUACAUUCCUUAUGACAUUGGAAGACUCGAUAAUGAACUUGAAAGAAAAUUAUUUGGGCAGCAUAUAGCUCAUGAUGUUGUAACAAGUGCUUUACGUGCUCACAUUAGAUCAGAAUAUCCUCCAAAAGCUCUAACAAUGAGUUUUCAUGGUACACCGGGUACAGGAAAAAAUUUUGUAGCUCAACAUAUCGUCAAAUAUUUUUAUAAAGAAGGAACUAAAAGUAAAUUCUAUCACUUUUUUUCUGGAAGAUUGAGUUUUCCUUUAGAAAAAAAUAUAUUCAUGUAUGAGGAAGACUUAAAAGAAACAAUAAUUGGUAGUCUUCAGCGAUGUCCACAAUCUUUGUUUGUCUUCGAUGAAGUAGACAUGAUACCUCCAGGACUUUUAAAUGUGCUGGUACCUUUUUUGGAGUACGGAGAAGCGCAGAUUUGGUACAGAGGUAGUCGAAUUAAUAUCGACACAAACAGAGCUAUAUUUAUAUUCUUAUCAAAUACUGGAAGUCAAGAGAUUGUUGAAACUUUACACAACUUGUGGCAGAAUGGACGUAAACGAGAAGACACAAAGCUCUCAGACUUUGAAGAAUUAAUAUCUAGAGGAGCUUUCAAUGAAAAGGGCGGCUUUCAUAGAAGUGACACAAUAAGUACGAGUUUGAUUGAUCAUUAUGUGCCAUUUUUGCCACUGGAAGCUGAGCAUGUUGUUAAAUGCAUAAAAGCGGCUUUUAAUAGUCGCGGUAGAGAGCCGACUAAUCAACAGACUGAAGAUGUUAUGAGCCAUGUGACUUUCAGCGAGCCUGUUGGAAUUUUUGCCAAAGCUGGAUGCAAAAGAAUCGAGCAGAAAGUUGCUCGUGCCAUGUACACACGCUCGCAAAAAUAAUUACUCAUGCAUAAUGUGAUAUAUUUAAAUUUACAAUAAGUACUUUUUCAAGAAAGAUAAUAUUAUAUUUUUUACAACGAAAUAUAUACAUUAUAAUUGUCUUUAUUUCUAAAAUUUUAUUGGCACGAGUGGACAAUAUGUCUUAAUCAUUAAAAAAUAGCAUAUAUAUAUAUUUUUUUUUUUCGUCAAGAAUAACAA